AGGAACGUGAACACAAAGCACCUGUCUGCUCUUUAGCCUCAACUCGCACAACUGCACAGACUCGCAAAGACUCUGGGAGUGUGACAUCUGACUGCUGCUGCAUUUUCACUUCAGAACAUCAGACACAGGGGUGACGAUGAUGAUGAUGGCUUCCUUCAUACGCAAGACACUGACUUUAUUUAUCAUCUGCAUGGCUCUGCAAGAGGGUUGUGGACUCCCGUUAUCAGAGCGGCCAGAGCAGCCAGCUCAGGCUCCGCACCGCGUCAGGACCAAACGCUGCUCCUGUAACAGCUGGGAUGAUAAAGAGUGCAUCUACUUCUGCCACCUGGAUAUUAUCUGGGUCAACACGCCAAGUAAACUGCUUCCUUAUGGCCUUGGAAGUCCCCUGUCUCGUCGCCGGCGCCGUUCGGCUGAACGUUGCGAAUGCCUUAACCCAGCCGAUAAAACCUGCUCCGGCUUCUGCCUUCAAAGCUCAGAGAAUCCAAGGACUAAUGUCGUGGGCCCAUUGGUAGAAUCUGCAAGCACAAACGGCAACACAUUGCUGGCAUCUUUCAGAUCUGUAGUCAAGUCCAACAUUGUGAUCGCAAAAGAGAUUCUGUCAUCAAACGAGAACCCGGGUGGAGUAAACAGGCUGAGGAGCAGAACGAGAAGGUAGAGAACUGAGCGAACACUAGAGGAUUCAACCUCCAUGGGCCGGAGACUCCUUCAAGCUACCUUCAGUGCCAGAACCAGGGUUUUGAAACGCGUCAAGAGGCUUAGCAACUCUGGGGAUGUGGCGGUGGAAGGAUGGCAACGGUUCAAGCAUUUGGUCAACAAUACCAAGCUUGGGAGACUGGCAGCUCACCGAGACAGAAGCACCACGGCAGGAACACUGCUGGCUGGAAAUGUUCGGAGUCAUUUCGUGAACUCUCUUUGAACUGUUUUGAACUUAACAAUAGAUGCCAGGGAAGGAUCCAUUAAAGCCAAGCACAUGGAAACUGGUGUCUGGCCUUUUUGGGAACCACGUCAAGAAAGUUUACAAUGACUAAUCAGUCACUGAUCUGUGCUUUUUUUGUUUAUAUGGACAAAUCACUCCUUUCAAAUCCACAACUCACCUACACCGAGGAUUGUUACCUAUUCAACAUCAACUCUGUAUUUAGUUGGGAACUCUUUGUCAAUGUUUACCUUUAAUGUUCUUGAAACCAUUCUGUCAUUGUUGACCUUUGGUUCAGUUUAAUAUUGCUUUGUAUCAGAGCUGGAAUCUGGUGUCCUGCCCAGUGUUUACGACACAUAAGCAUUUUUUUUUUUAUAUAUAUAUCGGGCAGUUCUUAAAAAUGGCAGCUUGUUCACUUUUGGCAGACAUGGUCUCAGUGAAGUGAAUUUCAUUUCUUUGUGAUUUAUCUCACAGUUAGCUUUAUGCAAGGUCUAUUGUGAGCUGCAUACGCACGCACGCUCGCACGCUCGCACGCACGCACGCACACGCACGCACGCACUCACGCGCACGCAUACAGUCAACUUUCUGCUAGCAUAACAACAACAGUAGGCCUAUUGUGUUGGCUUGAGUGUUUAUUGCAUAGCUCCUGUUUAAUGUUUUGAUUGAAGAUAAGCCAGAAAGUUUCAAUGACCUGCAGCUUGCCAAAAAAUGCAACAAAUGUAUUUUUUUUCCCCCCCCCGACAAAUCCUUCCUCUGUAAUAAGUAACUGGGAAAAGAUGACUCUCCAGUUAUGAUCUGCACUUCAAAAGCUUUUUAUCUGCGGUCUGCACUUUCUCUGUGCCAUGAAUCCAUUCACUCCAUCUGCCAUGUUUGAUUGUAGUCAACCCACAGACACAUGGGAAUAUAAACCUUCACUGUAACUCUUCUUCAAAUAUCUCAAUGCUGUGUACAACGGAUAGUUUACCAGCUUAGAAGUUUACUGUUAAAUGCUGAUUUGUAUAUAAAACAAUUUAUUUAUUCUCUAACUUAUUCAGAGAUGUAUUUAUAUUUGUACGAAUGAUGCAGCGACUUGUGUAUGACAAAAUAAAAGAAGAAAAUAUUCUGUGGCA